ACUCGACGGCCGUGAUGCUGUAAGCGCUCAGCCUGCAUGAACUGGUGGAACGGGUCAUUUCUUGGCCGAACUGUCCAAUUCAUCUGAGAAUGACUGGUUCAAUAGGGAAUUUGAGUCUCACCGAUAAAUUGGUGAGACUUGGCGAUGGGGCAUUCCAUUCCUGUUGUGAACCGGCCUGUUCGCAGGACUAUGCGGCCUGUUGGCAGGACUAUGCUUUCAAGCUUGGAUCUAAUAUGGGAACUGUUCUUUUCACCUUUCUUUGUAUUGAAGCUAUGACUUGAAAAUGAGAGUGCAUUGGGGUUGAUGGACUAUCAUAUUUGCACUAAUGUGGUUAUGAAUGUUCUGAAGAAGGGGAUUCAUUCAAAUCAGAAAUGGCCCUAGGAUAAUGGAUUACUACUGAGUUAUAUUUAUGGAAUGGAGAGUAUUUGGAUCUGGGGUGAGAUAAAAAUUGUUACAGGCAAGCUUUCAAAAAAAUAAAUUUGUUUGUAUUUUGAGGGUUUCAAAUAAUGGCUAAAAAUAUGAAAAUUUUAACUUAUAUUUGUCUAUUUUAAGAUAAAUAUAGUCGAUUGCCUGGAUUUUUGUUGUUUCUGGCCUGACUGAAAUCAGAUGGUUAACUACUACUUGCUGUUUUGAAGCAAAUAAACCAUUUCUUAUGAAAAUAAAAGGAUAUACAAUAAUUUUUGAGUGAACAUUUUUUUUUUAUAGAGGUCUUAAACUGUCUUCUUUACUUAGAUUUUAGGGUUCGUUCUAGUAAAAGAUCGUUGAACUUUAUUGAGGGAACCUUUCAUAUUUGUCCUUCAAGAGAUGGCUUCCUAGCUAAAGUAAAUCAGCCUUCUUAAUCGACCAAUAAGGGGUAGCAAGUGUAAGUAGUGCUAUCCAUGAUUUUGAAAAAGUUAUGGCUUGUUCUUUUCUCACUUUCAUCGAGUGCUUAUUUUGAAUAUAAGCAGUGCUGAUUGGAUUUCCUCUAGGAGUGAGUUUAUUUUAAAUUGAAUAGAUAUAGUAGAUAUAUAUAUUAUCAUGGGAGUGAAGGCACCUAUUUAUUUCAAACGCUAGAUAUGCAAAUUAGAAAUAAGAAAAGUUUUGAAAUCUAUUGGACCCCCUUCAAGCUCUAUGGAUCUCCACCCCAAUUGGGGAUUCAAAUGACCAUUUCAAUUGCAGUAAGUCAUGCUUUAUGGAAUGAUCCAUUAAUGGAGGGGCGGUAAAGCAUCAGAGGACUUUGAUGAAUCUCCAGUCAAUGAGAUGGAUGAUGAUCCAGCUGAGUUACUGGUAAAUUCUGUGGAACACAGCGAUCCAGUUGUUGACGAGCUCCAAAGCCCUACAAAGGAUACUUCUUUGACCUCUGAUACAGGAACUGUAUUUACAAGUCCUAAAGCUGAUAGCGGAGGCUCGUCUGAAAGUACUAGGCGUGCUGCUAGUGAGGAUUCCUCUUCUGAAGAUGGUUUGAGCAAGGUUGAACCAAGUAACCAGGGGAAAUGCUUGUUUGAAAGUAAGGAAUUAGUUCCGUAUCAUCAGUUAAAUGUCAAUUAUAGAAACAGUGACACAGCUAGUACUUCAUAUGAAGAUCGGUCAUCUUCAGAUACAAUUAGUGCAAAUGGGAGGGCCAUCAUAAAUGAUGUUAAUGGUGUUAAUAGAAUGAUGAACAAGGAUGUAUCACGGAUACGUUCAGAGGUACAUCAAAGCAGUUCAUCUCCUAGAGAGCUUGGGGAUUCAACUUCAAAUGGAAUUAUCAAUGAAAAUCGUGUGAGCGAAGUGAUGUCCAUCCAUAAUUCUGAUUCCAGUUCUCGUCCUGCUGUUUCUGAUUCAUCAGUAACUUUCCACUCGCUAAGAAAUGAUACUCUUCCAGAGUCAAUGCCUUCAGGUGUAGGAUUCCUUGUGCCAGACAGGGAACGAGGCCAGAGAAGUGGAAGUGUACUUCAAGUUGAUGUGGUGAGCAUAUCUUCCAACAUUUUGUCUAGUAGCGCUGCUGACAUAAGUAGUCGUGAAGCAAGAAGGAAUAGUAGAAGACUGUUCUGGGAUGCUUUUUCAAGACGCAGUUCUAGAAGGCAUAGCGAUUCCAGAACCUUACUUUCUUCAGCUGAUGAUUCCGAUGAUCUAGAAUCUCAUGACAGAUGGCUGCUUGAUUUUAGUGGUGAUUUCUUUGAUGAUGGGGUUGGAGGUGAUUCUGGAUAUCUGGGCAGUAGAACUCACAAUGUGAAUGAACGACGAUGGCACUCAAGAUCUGAGAUCUGGGAGAGACUUCGUGGUAGCCUUGAUGGAAAUGAUCGGCGUACUACCAUUUGUCCGUCAGGGCUUCACCCUGAUGGCACUUGCUCAUGUGAGUCUAUAUUGAUGGCCGAUGAGUCUAGUACUCGAGCAAGUAUUUCACGAAUUGUCAUGCUUGCUGAAGCAUUGUUUGAGGUGUUGGAUGAAAUUCAUCGUCAACCUGUGUCACUUUCCUUGUCAAUGGUCUCGCUUCCAGCUCCAGAGUCCGUUGUUGACUCUUUUCCUGUUAAGAGUCACAGAAAGCCAGACACUGCUGACAAUGCGGAUGAUAUUGGACAGUGUUACAUUUGCCUCGCUGAGUAUGAGGAAGGGGAUAAAAUACGAGUUCUUCCCUGCCACCAUGAGUAUCACAUGUCAUGCGUUGAUAAAUGGCUGAAAGAGAUACAUGGGGUGUGCCCACUCUGCCGAGGUGAUGUCCGUGAGAUAGAGGGUUCCGUCUCAAACUCAGAAACCCCUUCUCUUUGAUUCACAAGUUGUAAAUAUACACGUAAAUAAGGCAAUUUUGCUCUCGGGAUGCUGUAUUUAUGUUUUCCGAAAUAUCUUCCUACCUGUAUUCCACAUAUGUAUCCAAAUUUCGAGGUUGAUAACAUACCUUUUUUCUUCACAGAUCAGUCUUGUAAACUCUAAUAUAACAAUUUCCAGAAAUGAGAUUUUACUGGCCCAGAGCCUAUAUUUAUUUUGUAUAA